AUGUCUCGUGUGUAUGUUGGCAAUCUAAAUUCUCAGGUUUCAAACGAAGAGCUUGAAAUUAAGUUCUCUAACUUCGGAAUUAUUAGCAAAAUUUGGGUUGCAAGAAGACCCCCGAGUUAUGCUUUUAUUAAUUUUGUCUACAUAAGAGAUGCUGAGAGUGCUAUUCGAGAGUUAGAUGACAAGAAUGGUUGGAGAGUUGAGUUCUCACACAACUCUAGACAGGCUUUGGGCCAAUACUGCACAAAUGGUAACAUUUAUGUCACUACAAAACAUCGGGCUGGUGGUGAAAUCGGAUCUUCUCACCAGAGAGAUACUCGGUCGAGGGAAUUUGAGGGGCAGAUUGUUUCACUUGGAUCAGACAUAUGCAAGAUAAAAACCAAGAGCACAACUACCCACUGCUCUGACAACAAGUUCUAA